AUGGUGACAUCCACAGCGAGGUCCAACUCGUUCCCCCUGAAACCCUUAGAUCAGUGGCGGCCCCUGGAAAACAUUCGAUCGCUGUUGUUUCUCGUUGUGCGCGAGAAUCUCAAUGAAGAAGCUAUGCGAGACUCUCUCGAUCGACUCAUUAGAGAUCAUCUGCCAAUUCUUGGAGCUCGAAUUGAGCCCAAAAAGACCGAUCUCGAAUAUCGUCUACCUAAGCCUUUUCCUCCGGCUUAUCUUUUGUUCGAAUGGACAAACAAUUCAGUAAACUCCUCUUUGGAGGAUAUCAAUUUGUUACCCAGAGGGCCUCCAUCUACAUCUGGCCCGUUCUUUGCACCCUCCAAUAUCCCAGAUAUGGAGAGGGAAUGGAUACCGUCCACAUGGCCCGUGGAACGCAAAUACGAGAGACCCAAUGCACCUUUGCUUUUCGUACACAUCACUAAGUACACCGACAGCACGAUCGUUGCAUUGAAUAUCCCACAUGCAGUAUCCGAUCAACUGGGCUUUGGAAGCAUGAUCAAUGCUUGGAUGAGUGUUCUCCAAGGGGAAGCUCCGCCAGAGUUUCUCAAGGUCUCGUUGAAUGCGCUCGACGGUCCCAAACUUUCGCAAAGAGAGCUGCGAAUGAAGGGGAAAUAUCGCAUUCUCAGCAGUCGGGAGCAAGCCACGAAGCUUAUUCCUUUCAUCCCGAGUUUUGUGCUGGACUCGAAAGAAAUUCGAAAGACCCUGUUUUUGCCAGUCGAGAUUGUCGAUGGCCUACGCGAGCGCUGUAUGGGCGUAAUCAAGGCAAAAUACGGCGAGGAAGCUGCUAGACUAUCUAACACUGAUGUGAUAACUGCGAUCCUCGCCAAGUUCGCCUUCCUGGGCCGAAAGACCUCGAAGAUGCUGACCCUUAGCACGACUCUUAAUAUUCGAGGACGUCAUCCUGCUCUUCCAGCGGACAAACCCUAUCUUCACAAUGCGCUAUCCUUCGCCGUUAGCCGUCUUCCGAUUGCAAAGACCUCAUUAGCGGAGGUAGCUUACAAGAACCGCCUUGCAGUCAACGAAGAGCUUCAAUUGAAAAAUAUCGAGCGCAGCUUGGCCGUCAGCAAGGAGAUGUACAAGCGGAAAUACCCCCUUCAUGUCGUUGAGCCAUCGGAUCUCAGCUACGCGAUCACACAUUGGUCCGGAGCAUGGCGCGAUAUUGACUUUGGACCGGCUGUGAUGAGACAGGAGGGUCGCGAGUUGGAUGCCAGUCAGAAGAUCGCAGCAGUGCCUCUUGUCUUUGGUCAAUCCCUUCAACGCAAUUUUCCGACCAGAUUUAACUCUCAGAUCAUGAGCAAGGCAGAUGGGGGUUAUUGGUGUGAUUUUACUGCUAUCCCGAAAACAAUGGCCAACGUUGAGAGUCUUCUUAAGUCGGAUCCUAAGCUGCAGACUCUCUAA